UCUUAAAACCCCAAUCAAAAACCCUACUGGAACUGCCUUUAUAUAAGUAUUUCACCAGUUCGACUCCCUUGCAACUCACGGAAUCACUCAUUUCACUAACACUCUUUCGAAACUUUGCGAUCAUGCACAAGCUCACCAGGCGUUCGGCUUCAACUAUUCUGCGCCAUGGAAGGGCGCGCUGCCUUCGAAGUGCAACUGCUGCACCUAUUACCGGCAGCAGUCAAUCCGGGGACUCGGCAUUAGAGAGUGAUACCAAACUCAGAUGGUAUUCAGUGUUAACAGCUAGACAAUCUGGUACUGUCUGUUAUUCGACUGAAUUAAAUUUGAAAAAGAAUGGUUUGUUUUUGGGCAACCGGUAUGAGUCAACUGCAACAGCAUCUGACACAUCAUCCUCACCUCCACCUGAGAAAUACGAAUAUCAAGCAGAGGUUAGUCGACUCAUGGACCUUAUUGUUAAUAGCUUGUACAGUAACAAAGAAGUGUUCCUGCGUGAGAUUAUUAGCAAUGCAAGUGAUGCUUUGGACAAGCUGCGGUUUCUCGCUGUUACUGAGCCUGAGCUUUUGAAAGAAGCUGUUGAUCUUGAUAUUCGUAUCCAAACUGAUAAAGAUAAUGGCAUUAUAACUAUUACUGAUUCUGGCAUUGGUAUGACUCGACAAGAACUUGUUGACUGUUUAGGGACUAUUGCACAAAGUGGAACUGCAAAGUUCCUGAAAGCGGUGAAGGAUAGCAAAGAUGCUGGAGGUGACAACAAUUUAAUUGGUCAAUUUGGUGUGGGAUUUUACUCUGCUUUCUUGGUUGCUGAGCGGGUUGUUGUCUCGACCAAAAGCCCAAAAUCUGAUAAACAAUAUGUAUGGGAAGGAGAGGCCAAUGCCAGCUCUUAUACAAUUCGAGAGGAAACAGACCCAGAGAAGAGUAUUCCAAGAGGAACACGGCUAACAUUAUAUCUUAAGCCUGAUGAUAAAGGCUUUGCACAUCCAGAACGGGUUCAAAGGCUUGUGAAAAAUUACUCUCAGUUUGUUUCUUUCCCAAUAUACACCUGGCAGGAAAAGGGAUACACCAAAGAGGUUGAAGUUGAUGAGGAUCCAGCUGAAGCCAAUAAGGAUAAGCAAGAUGAUACAACAGAGAGGAAGAAAAAAACCAAGACUGUUGUUGAGAAAUACUGGGACUGGGAGCUCACUAAUGAGACUCAACCUAUAUGGCUCCGCAACCCCAAGGAAGUCACCACUGAAGAAUACAAUGAGUUUUACAAGAAAACCUUUAAUGAAUAUUUGGAUCCAUUGGCAUCAUCCCAUUUCACAACAGAGGGUGAGGUGGAGUUCAGAUCCAUUCUCUAUGUUCCAGCUGUUACUCCCAUGGGGAAGGAUGACAUUGUCAAUUCCAAGACUAAGAAUAUUAGGCUCUAUGUUAAAAGGGUGUUUAUUUCAGAUGAUUUUGAUGGAGAAUUGUUCCCUCGAUAUCUAAGCUUUGUCAAAGGUGUGGUGGACUCGAAUGACCUUCCCCUCAAUGUUUCACGGGAGAUUCUUCAGGAGAGUCGAAUUGUACGUAUUAUGAGGAAACGGCUGGUGCGGAAGGCAUUUGACAUGAUUUUGGGAAUAUCCAUGAGUGAGAACAGAGAGGAUUAUGAGAAAUUCUGGGAGAACUUUGGCAAACAUUUGAAAUUGGGUUGCAUAGAAGACCGUGAAAAUCACAAGCGGCUUGCACCAUUGCUUCGAUUUUUCUCAUCUCAAAGUGAAGAUGAGAUGAUUAGCUUGGAUGAAUAUGUCGAAAAUAUAAAACCUGAGCAGAAAAAUAUUUAUUACAUUGCUUCUGACAGUGUCACCAGUGCUAAAAACACACCUUUCCUUGAGAAACUUAUAGAGAAGGAUCUUGAAGUGUUGUAUUUGGUUGAUCCCAUUGAUGAGGUUGCCAUCCAGAGCCUCAAAUCUUACAAGGAAAAGGAUUUUGUUGACAUUAGCAAGGAGGAUUUGGAUUUAGGUGAUAAAAAUGAGGAGAAAGAAAAGGUGAUGAACGAGCAGUUCCGCGAAACUUGUGAUUGGAUUAAAAAGCGUUUGGGUGAAAAAGUUGCCAGUGUUCAAAUCUCUAAUCGUCUGAGCUCGUCACCCUGUGUUCUGGUGUCUGGAAAGUUUGGUUGGUCGGCUAACAUGGAGAGGUUGAUGAAGGCACAGCAAGUUGGUGAUACAUCCAGCCUGGAGUUCAUGAGGGGAAGAAGGGUGUUUGAGAUUAAUCCUGAGCAUGCUAUUAUUCAAAACUUGAGUGCCGCAUGCAGAAGUAACCCUGAUGACAACGAUGCAUUGAAGGCUGUAGAUCUUCUGUAUGAUGCAGCUUUAGUUUCUAGUGGUUUUACUCCUGAAAAUCCAGCACAGCUUGGUGGCAAGAUAUACGAGAUGUUGGGUGUGGCUCUUUCAGGCAAGUGGUCAGUUUCAACUUCUGAGGUUCAGCAGUCAGCAACCCAACCACAGACCCCAGAAACUUUAGAAGCUGAGGUGGUUGAGCCAGUUGAAGUUGGUGGUCAGAAAUGAGGAGAAGAGCAUGUUUUUCGUCCUUAAAAUGUUAGCGUUCCUAUUUGCAUAGAAAAAUUGAGUAAAGAGCUUUAGGGUUUAGUUGAAAGAUUAAUUGAGAAAAAAACUAGAACCAUGUAUUGUAUGGAAUGGUCUCGUACCCACAUUGCUGGCUUUUUUAGGAAUAUGUCCGGGCUUCUCUGGCUGCUAAUUCAUAAUUUGCAGAGGAAUAACAUUAUUAAAAUGAAAGAUUGUCACCGCUAUUUCAUUAUUUAUUACAUAUUGGUAUUUAGCUGAAA